AAGCGAGCGACAAGGCCUACCAACUCCAUGCAAAUUGAAAGUACUCUCAGUGAGAAAAGUACUAGUAAAUCUUGUUUGGAACCCAAGACUCCCGGUGUCUGUCGUGGAAAAUUAUUACGUUAUGCCUAUGAUGACAAAUCCAAAAGUUGUGUAAGUUUUUAUUAUUCGGGUUGUGGUGCCACACACAACAAUUUUCUCACCUAUGAAGAGUGCCGUCGUGAAUGUAUACCCCAGUCGAGAUAUUAAAGUUAAUGAAAAUUAAAAUAUUUAAUUAUGAUUAUGAUUUCUUGUUAAAAUUUAAAUAUUUCGAGUGUUAACUACCUUGAAUGAAAAUAUAUUUGUA